AUCAUUCAGGUCUUGUUCGACUUACACUUAUGUGGAGGAUCCGAUCCUAGUGAUUAGAACUACUUCGGAAAGACCACGAGAUUGAGAUCAGUUUCACCAGGAAAUUAAAAUUAUAAACGUACGCGACGAUCACUUUGGAAGCUUCUUGCCUGUCCACGCCUGUCGAUAACUCGGUUGUACAAGAAGUACAUCAAGAUGGACGGGUCACUCACACUCUUCUAUAUCACCAUCAGCAUCUUCAUGGGCUAUAAUGAUCGACAACACAUUUUCGGUGGAUCAUGAUUUAAUCCGGUGGUGCCGGGAUCGUCGAUUAUGACAGCACGAGAAACUCGACCGCAUCUUCUGUCCUCUUCGAUUACUGCCAGGGAAGAAGACGGAAAGCCUUGUCAGGAGCAUGACCACAACUGUGGCCUUACGACGCGGGUCGUCAGGAGCAUUACAACUGUAGCCUUACGACGCGGGUCGCCAGGAGCAUGACCACAACUGUGGCCUUACGACGCGGGUCGACGUCAAUUAGAGCUGACACGAGUGUUAUUAGAGAGACAGCAAAAUCGAAAGUGUCAGAUUCUCGAUUCCACUGUGGCGGUGCCUCUUGUAGGUUUGCCAUUCGGCCGCAGCUCCUGUCCCUUGUAGGUGUUGGCAGCGGAACGCUUUGGCCCGUCUGCAGUAAACUACAGUUCGAUGACCCGCAGCAGUAAACUACUUCAGGCAACCGGUGAAAUUUGGCACACGACAAGAAGCCGCUAAGUUACGACGCGGGUCGACGUCAAUUACUUAGACACGACAAGAAAAAUGAUGUUGAGGCCUCGCACAGCCUCCCACCUCCUCCUCUUCUGUUCUCUGUGUGUUUUUAUCUUUGCAGCUGCAAGGACGACAGCCGUGCUGGUGCAAGCAGCAGAACAAGCAGUUGUGCCUGCUGCAGCUCUCGACGAACAAAUAGCUGCUGCAACCACGACCAGAGUAGACAGUUCGGUUCAAUGCGGAGCGGCCAUGACCGACAGCGACUGCCCAGCAGAACAGAGGCUUUUUGAUCGUAACCCUAAGGCCUCACUCAAUCCACUUUAGAGAUUGGAUGCUGAAACUAUUACUCCUCAUACAUCUGCAUCUGGGGAACGACUUUUAAUUACUGUAUAUUUUUAGAGACAACCACAACUCGAUGAACUCAGGGACUAGUAAGUACUCUUUAGGUUCGUUUAGGUCUAGCACCCUUUUUAGGUAUUCAUCUGUGAGUUGUUUUCAAGUACUUCGAACAGCAACGAACAGUGGACAAAGAUGAGGCUGCAAAAGAUGGACUCCUGUUGUAGUGGGUUGUUCUAAUAUACAUGUGUGCAGCGACAAUCAGUGUACGCAAGAGAAAUGUUGCAAAACAAGUUGCCACUCGAUAACCUGCGAGGGUCAGUACACAAGGAAAGCGAGUUUUAAGGCUGGUAGUUGGGAUUUUUUCACUAUCAAUCUCUAUCUCUCCGUAUCGAUCCCAUGGUGAAUUAUGCAUGGUGUGGACUAUGUAUGCUGAAUGGGAGGCGCAAGUAGAGUCCCCCUUGAUUUAGAGGGGAGAACAUGUUGAGGGGAAAAAGCAAAGAAAGGGGAAGAGCUCAGUGUCAUGUGGGGAUAGUGAAAAACUAGCGUUAAGAACGACGACGAAAUAUUUGGGGGGGACAUUAGCCUGACCAGAUGCUGCGACAGGAACUGCAGAGUGUUUACAAACGGAUGCUAUCAUUAUGUUAAGGCACCAGCUGAUGUUCUUGAUGAUUGCUCAUGAUUAUGUUGUACUACUUCACUUUAAUAUCUGUAGAAGGCAGAUGUUGAGUCGACGUUUCUUGUUCAAGUACAAGUUGUUCUAGAAGUAAGGCUUGUUUGUUUGUUUGUUUGUUUCGAUGCGCUCCGGGCGACGCGUACGAUCCUGCCGGAUUUCUUUGUGCUCUGAUAUGCGAGAUUACUAGUAUUUUUACUACACUAUAGCUAUACUCAUACUAGACUUAAGUGCCCGGUAGCACUCAUCCCACUAGAAUCCUCCACCCUCUGCACGCACUUCCCCCGCCAUCGCGUGGCCCCGCUUGCCCCGCCCCGUGCCUACGGGGUUGAGCGAUGGAACAGCACAAGAGUCGGGCUCUUGGCGGCCUGCGGCUAUUGGAUAGGCAUGCCUGGAAAUGGCAGGCCUGGGAGCUUGCUGGCCUUCUGCUGGGUUUGACAUCUUUGCGCUUGCGGAAGGCUGAAGCGUUCAGCUUCGACUUUAGCAAGUUUGUCUGAGAUUCAAUCUCUUGGAUUUGAAUUGCUCAAAUCCAAAAAUUUCUGACUUUCGCAAGUUUUUCUGAUAUUCAAUAUCUUGGAUUUGAAUUUCUCGAAUCCAAAAAUUUUCGACUUUAGCGAGUUUGUUUGUCUGGGGUUCAGCCUCUUGGAUUUGAAUUGCUCAAACCUAAAAAUUUUCGAUUUUAGCAAGUUGUUCCGCCAAUUCAAAUCCAAAAAAUUUCGAUUUUAGCGAGUUUGUUUGUCUGGGGUUCAACCUCUUGGAUUUGAAUUGCUCAAACCUAAAAAUUUUUGAUUUUAGCAAGUUGUUCCGCCAUUCAAUUUCUUGGAUUUGAAUUCCUCAAAUCCAAAAAUUUUCGACUUUAGCAAGUUUCUCCGGAAUUCAAUUUCUUGGAUUUGAUUCGCGAGCUCUCAUAAGUUCAGAAGUUCGGAAGAUCAUAAUUUCAGAAGUUCAUAAUUUCAUAAGUGCGUAAUUUCAUAAGUUCGCAAUUUCCUAAGUUCACAAGUUCACAAGUGCAGGAGUUUAUGAGUUCAUGAGUUUGGGGUGAGGGUGUCGGAGAGUUGGCGUUUGGAGAGUUUGACUUUGGAGAGUUUGAGUCCAGAGAGUUUGACUUUGGGGAGUUUGAGUCCAGAGAGUUUGAAUUUGGAGAGUGCAAGUUUGGCGGGGUUGUUGUUAAGUUUUUUUUUAGCUCUUUAAUAUUACCUAGAAGUACACUAUACUCAUCUUACUCGUAUUACAUACUUAGUACAAGCACUGGAAGUUUUGGACGAAGGAAGUUCUUGGUAACAGAAGAUCACAUCGCAAUUCAAUUCUAAGAUGCGCAGGCGUUUUUCGGAAAGGGCGAAUCCGGCGAGCAUACACUGCCCCAAUCACCGUUUAUGGUCCCGCCAAAAACGUGAUUGAGAACAACACCACAUAAAAUGAGGAACAAAUAGGGGAAUGUCGUCGUUGCAACUAAGUUACUAAAAACAAGAGCCUCCUCGUCUACGAGUUCUUCUACAUGAAGAAGAGAACAAGUCGAAGAGCGGCCGUCAUCCGGCAUUCCCCCGACCUUGUUCUAGUUGUAUCCUGAAGACAUCAAAAUGAACAACUGUUCUCCCAUUUUUAUCUUGGCGAGAUGGCAGUCGCGCUCCCUUCUAGUUGUAUCUUGACAAGUGAAUUCUCCCAUUCGGAGGUGACAUCAAAGUCUACACUUCUCACAUGAUUAGAAUAAAAUAUAAUGUUCACCAGGAAAAGUGGCCUGCUCAUCUUUAUUUAUCUUCUUCACCACGAAAAGCAGUGGUGGUGGCCCCAUCGUGGUCAUCAUUCAUUUUAUUGCACCAAAUGGAUUUGCUGCGUGCCGAAUUGCUACUGGGCCGAUUGUCCUGAAGAACAAUUCGUGUAUAAGCUAUCCAACCCCAAGCUUCAUUAAGGCUCCUGGUAACUACUCCCACUGUAACAUGAUAAACAAAAUUGUAUUUUUUUAAUUGUAGUUCUUAUACUUGGAAGUUUUGGAAGGAAGUUGGAUAACCGCAGUGGUUUCUGUCAUUAAGGCUUCGAGUAAUAUGAUCGUACUUAGUUGAAAUUGCCCCAAACUUCACCAGUUUCAUGAAGGCUUCUAGUACUGUGGAUUGCAGUUGAUUGUAGUUCUAUUACUUGAAAUUUUCCACCAAACAGCAGUUCUUUCAGUAGGGCUCGUGGUAACUGUAUUAACAUACGCAUGAUUGUAUAAUUUGUAGUUGUACUUCUUGAGAAAUUGUCCAAACCCCAGAAGUUUAUGAAGCUGUUUGUUCAUCAUUAAGGUGGUCGUGGCAUCAAAGGCUUCUACUACUACUUUCUGUUCUAUUUCAUUUGAGACUACUGGGGUUUUAUACGGAGGUGUGAACAAGCACGUACCCAAUCAUGGAUCUGUAUGGUUCUGGUACUUGGUAACCUGAGUUUGAUCAUAGGGGUUCUCUUCUUGUUUUCCCUUAUGAUCAAAUUCAGGUUACCAAAUACCAGAACCAUUCAGGACCCCAAUUCUGCUUCUCCUCCUCCCCCUCCUCCUCCCUCUCCUCCUUAAGGGCAGCAUCGCCGUUCCGUAGCGGGCUAUAGAAACUGGAGAUAUAGCCCCUAUCCUCCUCCUUUUCCUCCUCCUGCGCUUACCUCUUGCCCUUGUUCUAAGACAGUCUCCUCCCCUUGCUCUUGCUCCUUUUCCUCCUCCUGCUCCUCCUCGUGACACUGAGCUGCUCCGCAAAUAAGUAAGUUGACGCGCCCCUCUGGAAAAACGAAAAUAGAAGGAGAGCUUAAAGAACAAAAUAAGCAUAAAAAGCUUGAUCCGAUUAGUAAGUUACCUCUUGCUCUUGUUCUCGGUAGUAAGUUACCUCUUGCUCUUGUUCUAAGAUAGGCUUUGCGGUUUGACCAAUAAUUGCAACAUAGCAGAAUGUUGCAGACGGCAUUGUGGGAGUUUCGAUUGCGUAGCACAUGGCCAAGCACCGAGAACUGAUAUAGUUAAGACCAAAGGGGUCCGUCUCUGCAUGUUGUUCAUCCUGAUAUUACUGUACGUACAACUUCUAUCAUGGAUGUACGCCUGGUGGUGCUGGCAAGGGUAUGUUGCCCCCAUAUCCUUAUAUACUACUGGUGGUAACAAGGGUAAUAUGCCUUGUCCAUAUAAAAAUAGUUAAGCGCAAGAAUCUAUAAUAUUUCCUUCACAUUAUUUUUAUUUUUCCACAGUGAAAGAAAUGAUCCAGUAAUCCAUUAGCUUCCUUCCUUCUCUUACCUUUACUAGGUUCUACUAUGGCAGUCUGCGCAAACCUUUGCGCGAGAUUCAUUGCGUUGUGCUGUAUUCUUAGGAUUCUGAUGAAACAAAUACGGAAUAUGAAACGAACUUCUGAGCGAAUGGGUCUCUUUGUUCUUGAGCUCCUCUAAAGUGGCGAGCAACGAAAUAAGGUGCCAAGACAAUGAUACCGGAUGCACAGCGCAAGAGUGUUGUGUGUUGGCAAGCACGACGACUACGAGUACGAGCACAACCUCGACUAGUACGAGCACAACCUCGACUAGUACGAGCACAACUCGGAGUACCUCAAGCUCGACUACCUCAAGCUCGACUACCUCAAGCUCGACUACCUCAAGCUCGACUACCUCAAGUUCGAGUACCUCAAGCUCGACUACCUCAAGUUCGAGUACCUCAAGCUCCAGUACCACUGUAA